GGGGUGGAGAUGGUGGGUGAUGGUGAGGCAGGAGGGCUUUUCCGUGACCCACAGAGUCAAUGAUACAUAAGCCACAUGACCAACUAGUCCUCUUAUCCGAGGCGGCCAGGACUCACAUGCUCAGAGACACGCUGACAGACAGAGCUGCGAGCUGACCUCCAGCACGUUCACAGCUUCUCCGAACUUGGUUCAUGCUGCCGCUCCUCUGACAGAAGAGAAGAAGACACACACAGACCUCCGUGGGAGAGCUCAGAUAAAGACGUUCCUUCAGUCUCGGAGUGGCGCUGUCACACUCUGAUAUACAAACACAAAUUUAGAGCAAGACACACACAUUUCCUAAAAAAAACCAAAAAACUGACACACACCUCUCAUAUACACACAGACUCAGGGGAGCAAACAGUCUCUUUCUUUCUAGCUCGUUCAGCUGCUCUCUCUCUCUCUCUCUCUCUCUCUCUCUCUCCCUCUCUCUCCCCCUCCCAUCCACACACACACGCACACACACACGCACGCACACACCACUACAGUAUAUCAGAGAGUGACUAGCGGAAAGCCAGAGGGGAGUGCAGAAAUGAAUGUGAAGAUCCUGACGCUGGUGAUUGUGCUCUUGGUGUCUCUGCUGUGUUCUGCCGGUGCUGGUCCUAUGGCCUCCACGGAGCAUGGCAAAGACCUGGGAGAAACAGCUACUGUGAGAAAAAUGGUUCAGCAAAAUCCACCGAGAGGCGGCCAGCCCCAAAGACCAGCUGGUUGGAAGAGAAGACGCCCACGGCCCCGUCUCUCCCACAAGGGGCCAAUGCCGUUCUAGAGCAAGGCACUGCUUUGAGCGCCCUCCCCCAGGUUCUGAUUUCUAUGCUCUUCCUUUGCCUUGGGGGGCCUUGCAAUGAAGGGCCUUCGCUUGCCCAGCGUGAAGAGUGAUAUCCAUAGCACCUGCUGGUUCUUCAAGCAACUCUGUCCCUAAAACACCUGGACAAGCCGCUCACCCUCAGCUCUAAGAGGAAUAAGGGGCAGGGAAAGGGGUGGGGGAAUCUAGAUCCCGAGCUACCAGGCUCUAUUUCUCUGUCUCUCUUUCUCGUAUUUCCUCAGUACUUAUCUAUCUGUCUCCCAAGUAAUUUUCUUUUCAAUUUUCCUAUUAUUUGCUUGAUAGAGCCCAAUCAUAGUGAUCUCCCCGAGUGUCUCACACACUUUGCAUGACAUGUGGUGGAGAGGGAGCCCGGUCAGAGCAGUCCGAGUCUUAAAGCAUCCGUCACUUCUCCAGGAUGCGGUAUGUCUCGGAUCCAAGGUUACUGCAGCCGCUGGUUUCAUUGCUGUGUAGCUACAUGUACUUAACGGCUUGGCUUGAGGCCGAGGGUGGCGAUCACGCAGAAGGGCAGUGUCAUUUUUAAUAGUCCACAUAAACAAAGUUCAGUUCCAAUCGUCUGGUAGUCUGCUGCGAAAAGAAACAGUGAUCAAAGCAGAAACCGGUAAUCUAAGUGACACUAUAAUCAUCAACCUAAUUAUCAUUACUACUGGUGCUUAGGACCGCCUAACGUUAGUACGUCUACAUGCAAGCUAAAGCCGGACUGAAAUGAUCACAUACAUUCAGAACAAUCUGUUUAAGUGACAGAAUAAUUCCCUAAUUUAGAAUAUUCUGUAAUCCAAAGCCUAUUUUGGUGUUUCCGAACUCAUUAUCACUUUGGGAAGGGGCUUUACCGACAAGCUCAAGGUUACUCUAACACCUUGAAUGAGUCCUUCGACCCCAAAAUCCCAAUCUCGCCCCCAGCCUCCCCACCACAGUGCUGCCCUGCGCAGCUGCUAUACACGACUGUUAACUGGCUGUGGCGGCCUGCUCCACCAACAGACUGCCUUGCCUUUUAAUGAAGUGCCAAAUAAUACCGUUCUACACAAUGCUGCCAGGAACUGAGAACUGAAAGGUUAGGAAGAAAUGACAAACACAUUACCUCUUGUUUGAAGUCUUAAUACACUGAUACAUUAUGCAUCUUAAAGUUUAUUGGAUAUCCCGCUUCAAGAAAAGUUCACAAAGAAAAUUGGAAUUAGAUUUUUAAAAAGAGCCAUUUCAAAGUUUUUUUAAAUCAUCUGUGGUGACAGUUUAAAAAAUAACCUUCAUUCAAAGGCUCUGUUUUUUUCAUUUUUUUUAAUAUUCAGCUUUGACCCUUUUAUUGACCAAAUGCUAUGCCUUUCCAUCAUACUGGAAUUUAUAACUUUUUAUGUUAUUCCUAUGUUAGAGUUUCUUUUUUUUCUCAGGGUGCUGUCAUAGAUGCUUUCACUAGAGCAGCCUUUUCUGUGCAUUUAUUUAACGAAUCACAAGAAACCAGAACAUUUAAAACGUAUGAGCAUAUUUUCAUGUACUGUAUCUUUACUCUCCUUUAUGUAUUUUUACGCCAAUAUAGCCAAGACUUUUCCAUUUUCAGUCAUUUCUAAUCACGCUCCCCCUAAAUCAUGUUGCCUUUCUAGGCGGCCCUUCCGUAGCACAGGUGGUCAUAGCUUUGAUCAUGACGCUCAUUAAAUCCCAGAGUUAAUCUUUCUCAGAUGGAUCUCCCCAAGGUGGGCCAGGGCCACUUAGUCUGAGCUCGUUUUUAAAUUGACUUAGACUACAAAUGCACCCUUCCCCCUUUUCAAUCUUCAAACUCCCACUGAUUCACAUGUUACCAUGUAAUAUAUUGAGGACUGUGACCGUGUUGCAAUCAUUCUUAUUGGGGUUUUUUCUUUGCUCUGAUUUUAGAGAACAUUGGAAUGCCAAUCGCUUGCAAUUCAAUCGGCAAGCUCUAGAAAUAUGGUAACUGGUUAACCUAUAUCUCCAAUACGUUUCCCUCUCGCCAUGUCUCAUGCAAAUAUUAUAAUAAAAUGCCUUCUUCUCCAUCCCAGCAUGAGAAGCUUUUAUUAAGAGAGCAUCUAAAAUCACAGAAAUCCACCCAGCCAAGCUCACCUCGAUUAAAAAUGUAUUAAAACCUAGGGCACUGUGAAGUGUAAUAAUUUCAGUUCCCCUAUUAUUUUUUCAUACCCUCACAGACAGAGAUGUAGAUUUCAUUAACGCUCUUCGGGAGUGAGACAGCUUCGCUCAGGAUGUCUCAUGUAUUAUUGGGGAAGAUAGUAGGAAAAUAUGAGCUGGGGAUGAAAGUUCAAAGCUGCAGGAGUUGGGGUGCUGAAAGAAGCAGACUGGGUCAUGGCAAAGGGUUCAAAUGAAUAUUACCCCCCCCCCCCAUCUCAGAAGUUAUCGUUCCGGAGCCGAGCAACGUCUGUAUCCGCACUGUUCUUCAUGAAUGUAUCCUAACCAUCUGCACCAGCCACGCUGCCCUUUCAGAGACCAGAGCAAACCGAUGUUUGUGUGAAACAUCCUUUUGUUUUGCUUUUUUCCUUGACCUGGUUAUCAGUUGAACCCAAAAAUCAAAAAACCAAAUAUCAUUCAAAUCCAAAGCUUCUGUCAUCAACGAGUCCCAACAAAUGGACGUGGCUUUGCUCCAAGACUUCUCUGUAUGGGUUUGCAAGGCUGCACUUUUGCAAUUCCGUUAUGCUGCUGGAAAAAUACACCCUGAUAACAAGAGUCUCUUGGUUUGGAAUGGUUUUCCAGUGUAUUGUGACAAUUUUUUUUGUCUGAUUCUUGUCUAGCUGGUUGUCCAAAGCUUACUUUUGAAUACAGUGUGAAAAGCUGUAUCUUUUGUGGAUGUAACAAAAUAGAAAAGUAGUCUGCAGCACAAUAUGUCGUGGACACGUGAAAGCAUUCAGGCAUUCUUUUCUCGUAGACCAUAGCUCACAGCCCUACCCUGCACAUCAGGUUAAUGGGCCUGCCUGUGUAGAAGGACAAGCACGUCCAAGCUCAUUUUGAAAUGUUAAACCAAUACAAUAUGCUCGGGGAGCAAAACCAUUUUCUUUAAUGGAGGUUUCCAGCAAGGCUUACAUAAGAGAAACGGUUCCUAUCCUUUUAAUGUUUUCUCUCCAAUUCCUCGUCUCUGUGAUCAUCACAAGGCCUGAGUAAUGUUCCUAUGCACUUGUUAGCAUGUUUUACUGGUAGAAAAAAUGUUUGUUCAGAGAAUUUGCCCCCUCUGUAUUUAGUUUUUUUUUUAUUUUAAUUUUAUUUUUGAUCAAAUGCAUUUGGCAGGGAGUUUGUAAGAAGUAAGGAUGAGCAGAGAGAUAGAUGUGUGUUACUGGUGGAAAUAAGAAUAAAAGCUAGAAGCAGAUUUUAAAACAUUAGCUUAGCCAUUGAUUUCUAUUUCCUGAUAGAUGUGGAGACAGCAGCCCCCUGUAAAAUGACAAAACACUGUUUUUUAAUUCAUUUUUUCAACUUCUGUUCUCUACCAGAUAAAAUCUUUUUGAAAUCUAUCAAGCAUUUCAUUGAUUGCAGAAAUGCAAAAAAGUUGGCACACAACACAUUCCACGAUUUUACCUAGAAGCCCUUCAAACUGUAUCAUGUUGGCUUUCAGAGUGGGUGUCUGCAGGAUCAAGUGGCCGAUAUUCAAUUAAACCUAUACAAAGUUUUCCACUGGCCGGCCAAUCCAAAAGAUAACUAGAUUCCAACUCCCGUGAGAAAUGGCGUUGAGCUGUCAUUAUCUCGGAGCAUCAAAAUGAGACUUCCUCCACCCAGAAUAGCACAGGCCCCUCCUGGCUUUGUUGCGACACAUUCUCUGUCUGUGUAACCACUGUGUCCAGGAACACACACAUGCAGAACAACUGAAGAAGAAAUGCAGUCUGUGGGUUUACACAGCAUCACAACAGUGUUACUUGGUCUCGAGCAGAUACCGUCUGAAAGACAAUGUAUUACUUCAAAAACGUAUAUUCUGUUUAUGGUGUGUGCUCCUAUUACUCACCAGGCCAAAUGUACAGUCCCUGUCUCUGUUUUGAUGUUGAACUGGGCGAAAAUAAAUGACAUGAAUAAAUAAAUAAAACAAGUGUAUCAGAAAUGGUUGAAAUACUGUGUACAUAUAUUUGAACUUUCAGUUUCUAAUUUAUAAAAAAUAAGCUUUAGCUCUUGGAGUACUUAUUUUAUUUUUUCCUUUCAUGCGUAGCUUUGUGUUUUUAUUUUCUAUUUCUGUAAAGUGUGUAAAUAUAUCUUUAUGAUAAUAAGUAAUAUUAAAAAUCUUAUUUUAAGAAAAA